GCGACGCUCGUAGGCCGACGUGAUGCCUAUUAAAGUGCACGCCGCCAUCGCGCCGUGCUCACCAAAUCACCUAACUACUCAUCUGUGCGUGCUCUACCCUCGCCUCUUUUACUAUGUCCACUGCUAUCCUUACUGCCGACGUCGACCACCCCAUGGCCAACAUCCAUACUGUGCAGGUCGCCAAUGGACCUGUCACCAACCCUGUCGCAAACAUCGCACAGGCGCCUGCGAUGUGGCGCCACAACGAAGGCGUGAACGCCGUCUUGCACGCCAGCAACUGCGGCGUCUGCGACGCCUUUUUGCACCACGCAACCGACGCCCUCGGUACUCGCAACUACCAGGUCGCACGCACUGAACAGGACGACACCGCCGCCCGUUCUGCACGACGCGAAGCCUAUGAACGAGGCUACGAGGAUGCGCAACAGGACCGUGCGACGCUCGCGACCACGAUCCAGCAACUUCAAGCUCGCAUCGCGGAGCUCGAAGGCCAACUCGCCACCCGUGCAAACACCGGUGGACGAUUUCCUGGAGGGGGAGGAUUGGGACCUAUUCGCAAUAGGUUCGCCCCCUACAACACUGAUUCCUCUGUCGAUACUUACCUCGACAAUAGCCUCACUCGCAGGUUCAACACGAAUGAGCGUAUCCGUGGACCCGCUCGCCACCAGACCCUCAUCAUGUCGGAGGUACCUCUGACCAUCGACGAAGUCGACGGCGCACUGCGUCGAGCGCAGAUCGACGACGCUGUAGGCCUCGCAGCCGUGCGCCAGCUUCAGCAAUGGCGCAGGGCGAUCUUCGCCACCCUCGCUGUGGGACGACCCCUCUCAGUGACCCAAGAGGCCCUGCAAAACCAUUGGGUUGGACUACCCGACUGGUACCUCCACCGCUUCCCUCGCACCCCCCGACUUGAUCGCACGACGAACCCGCCUACCCAGGAGCAGCACGAGACCCCUCCGCGCUAUACCGACCCAGCCGAGAAGUGGGCAUCUUACUUCUCGCGCUACCCAAGAGCCCGCCUUCCUCGCGGACUUGUGCGCGACAACAGCGGUCAAGUCCCCAUCGACCGCGCGAAUCUUCAUUGCAUGAUGAUUCGCAUCGCCUCUCCCCUCACGUCGACCCGACGUCGCUACAAGUCGGCCAUCUUCGACACGCUUGCCGCCCUGUUCACCGACCCGCAGGUCUACGUCGCACACCUCCAGGCCGCGAAUGUCAAUCCCGAAUAGGGCAGAGCACGGGUAUACCCAUGGGUAUAUCCGGUUCGACCCGUACCCGU